GCGGGGCUAACGCCUCGCGGCACUUCCUAAGCGCCCGGCACCGCCCCUAACUCGGGCCGGAAGUGGUCGGCCCCGCCCCGGAAGAGCUCGGGGCGGAGACGGGCGCGGGUCGGGACGGGAGUGGGACGACUCCGCUGCUGCGUUAGGUUUGCACCGGAGCUAAGAUGGCGGCGCAGACGCAGAGCGGGAUUCGCCUCAGCGCGCUUUGUCCAAAGUUCUUGCACACAAAUUCUACCAGUCACACUUGGCCGUUCAGUGCAGUUGCAGAACUUAUAGACAAUGCUUAUGAUCCAGAUGUGAAUGCUAAACAGAUAUGGAUAGACAAAACAGUAAUAAAGGGCAACAUAUGUUUGACAUUUACUGAUAAUGGAAAUGGUAUGACUUCAGAGAAAUUGCACAAAAUGCUCAGCUUUGGCUUCAGUGACAAAGUUACAAUAAAUGGCCGCGUUCCAGUGGGACUGUAUGGAAAUGGAUUUAAAUCAGGAUCUAUGCGCCUGGGAAAAGAUGCGAUUGUUUUCACCAAAAAUGGAGAGACCAUGAGUGUCGGCCUGUUAUCUCAGACCUUCCUAGAAGCUACAAAGGCAGAACAUGUCAUUGUUCCGAUAGUAUCAUUUAACAGGCAACGGCAAAUAAUUAAUCCAGAAUACAAAGCCAGCCUAAAGGCCAUCCAGGCACAUUCUUUGUUCUCUACUGAGGAGAAGUUACUGGCAGAGCUUGAUGCUAUCAUGGGGAAAAAAGGAACAAGAAUCAUCAUUUGGAACCUUAGAAGAGAUAAAGAUGGAGAAACAGAGCUCGAUUUUGAUAAGGAUAAAUACGACAUCAGAAUUCCAGAAGAUUUAGAUGAAGCAACAGGGAAAAGAGGGUAUAAAAAACAAGAGAGACAGGACCAGAUUGUGCCCGAAAGUGACUAUUCGUUACGGGCUUACAGCAGUAUUUUGUAUUUGAAGCCAAGAAUGCAAAUCAUUAUCAGAGGACAAAAAGUGAAAACGCAGCUGAUUUCCAAAAGUCUUGCAUACAUUGAACGUGAUAUUUAUAGACCAAAAUUUUUGGCUGCUAAAACUGUAAGAAUCACCUUUGGAUUUAACUGCAGAAACAAAGACCAUUAUGGAAUAAUGAUGUAUCACAGAAACAGACUCAUCAAAGCUUAUGAAAGGGUUGGUUGUCAAUUAAAGGCAAACAACAUGGGUGUUGGUGUAGUUGGGGUUAUAGAAUGUAACUUCCUAAAACCAACUCAUAAUAAACAAGAUUUUGAUUAUACCAAUGAAUACAGACUUACAAUAGUGGCACUGGGAGAAAAACUUAAUGAUUACUGGAAUGAAAUGAAAGCAAAGAAAAAUGAAGAAUAUCCUCUAGAUUUGCCAGUAGAGGAUCUACAAAAACGACCUGAUCAGACAUGGGUUCAAUGCGAUUCAUGUCUGAAGUGGCGGAAGCUUCCAGAUGGGAUAGAUCGCUUGCCAGAGAAGUGGUACUGUUCGUUGAAUCCUGAUCCACAGUUCAGGAAUUGCAGUGUACCAGAAGAACCUGAAGAUGAUGACCUAAUACAUCCAACAUAUGAGAAAACAUGUAAGAAAAAAGACAGGGAAAAACUAAGGAGGCGACUGGAGUACAGCCAACAGGUUAAUAAUGAAAUGUUUUUUAAAACACCUUCUGUCUCUUCAAUCAAAAAUGCAUUGUCAUCUAUAAGUAGAAAGGAGGGUGCUCUAAGAUCACACUUAACAGAAGCCUUAAACAUUUCUGUUACAAGAUCUAUAAACACUUCAAAUAAUAGAUUAGUAUCUUCACCUCAUUUGGAUCCUGAAAACAGCCUUAAACGGAAGAUUUCUGGUUGUUCACCUAUUACUUCAAAGACACCACGAUUAAAUAACCACACAUUUGACAAUCACACUGAAGAUGACGAUGAUGAGGACGUCAUCAUCUUAGAGGAGAGCAGUACUCCAAAGCCUGCAGCAGACUGUGAUGUUACAAUAGUAAAAACUGAGCAUAUUAACAUGGAACAAGGCAGCAUGCAAGAGGAGCCUUGUGGUGCAGCUAGUUCAGAAGAUAAAUAUGAGCAGUGGACUGCAUCAACCCAAACUGAGAUCCCAAGUUUAGUUGUUAAAAAGGAAGAAGUAGAAGAUUAUGUAGAUAUGCAGUUACUCAGAUCAACGUUGGAAACAAGCCAAGAAGAAAUCAUUAAUGCUUCUGAGACAUCUUCUGUGGAUUUUAGCAUCAAAUUAAAUGAACUAAGAAAUCAGUUGCAAGUAGCAAACCAAGAAAAAGAAAAUUACCGAAAACAGUGUGAAAUGUUAACCAACCAGAUGAAAAUAUUAGAGCAGAAGAUACUAGAAAUGAAUGAUAACUAUGUGAAAAAGGAAAUGUGUCAUCAGUCAACUGAGACUACUCUUAUAUUCCCAGAUGACAAAGUAGAAAAUUUUAAAGAGAAAAGUCCAGAAGAAGUGGCUAUUUUAUAUGAGCAGGCCUUAAAAGAGAUGGAAAAGCUAAAGGAACAGUGUAGUACUUUGCUAAAUUUAAAAACGGAAUGCAGCAAAUGUUCUAACAAUGAAAAUAAAAAUGAGGUGGAUGAAAUUGCUGUGCAACUUGAUGAUGUCUUCAGACAACUGGACAAAUGCAAUACUGAGAGAGAUCAAUAUAAAAGUGAGAUUGAACUGCUGGAAAUGGAAAAAACUCAAAUUGGUUUUCAGUGCGAAGAGCUUAAAAGAGAAGUUGCACAGUUAAAAGCUACAAUUCCUCAAGUGGUAGCAUGUGCAAAUGAUUCUACAACCAGUAACAUUGAAGAUCCUGUCAGUUAUUCUGAUGAAGAAAGCCUGAAACUGCGAUCCCUCCGAGUUAACGUUGGACAGCUACUGGCCAUAAUUAUGCCUGAUCUAGAUUUGCAGCAAGUAAAUUAUGAUGUUGAUAUAGUUGAUGAAAUUUUAGGACAAGUUGUGGAACAAAUGCAUGAAAUCACCACUACUUAAUAUCCUUUACUGAAGACAUUAAGACACUUGCUGAAUCUUCCACUAUAUUGUAGGGUUUCCAAAUUGUAAAGACUGGUUUUGUUUUUAUGUUUGAGUAAUUUAGAUAUAAAUCCAGUGUAAAAUAUAUAUACUGUGUGCACUCAGGUGUCACAAAUACUGUGGGUACUUUUCAUGUACCUUUAACUUUCUCCUUAAAGGAACAGUCAACAUUGACAGGCCGUGGAUGUACCUAACUUAUUAAGAAUUUUGUUUUAAAAAUAAAUGUUUGUAAUUAAACUUGCAAAUAUUUUCUAUUACUUUGGAAUCUUAAGCAGUUUUUACAGAGCUUUUCAUUUUGCUUUUAACUUUUGUAUUCUGUGAUCCUUAAAUGUAUUUGUUCCCCCAAAACUAAACUUACCCUCUCUGAUCCCCCUCCAAAACCAAACCACAAUAGCAUUGUUGUAAAUAUCAGUAUUCUGCUUGUAAACAGUAAUGAAACAGGCAAGUUUUGUGCAUUUGCCUUUACUCAAAUUUAGUUGGUACAUAAAAUUUUUGGGCUAUGGUCCCUGGUAGCAAUAUGGGUUGUUGGGUUUUUUUUGUACAACAUGGGUCUGAUCCUGACAAGUGCUAAUACCUGCAAUUCCCACCAAAGCCAGUGGGAAUUGCAGAUGCUCAUACCACUCAGAAGCAUACUGCUGUAGUACUAACCACAAGUAGGCAUAGUUUUGGUAUGUGCUGUGUGAGCUUAUUCAUAGCUCUGCCGAUGCAUCUCAAUACUGACCUGAAAUACUACCAUUUUAAUACUACCCCCUUGAGUGAAGACUGCGAAUCAUGUUAAAUUGUAUAGUGGUUUUGUGAUGUUGGCAAAUACAGAAUAGGGACAAGAUAUGUCCUAAAAUAAUAAACCUCAGAACACUGAAUUGUUGCAAUAUUGAUUACUGACUCUGCCAUAGAAACCCCCCUUUGUUAGCUUUCUUUGAAAUGACACUACUGUAAUCAAUCUGUCUCCUAAUUUAGCUUCCCAUGAAAAUACCUAUAAUGCAGCAUGCUGUAUGAUUACAAUGGGCUACUCAGUUUUAGAGGAAUUAUGUAAUUAAAAGGGCAUUUAAGUUAAAGAUACUUUUAAAAACAAAUUAAUUACCUUACCGAUGGUGGUAAUGACCAAUGAAUUUAUUAAAGCUGAAAACUUAAAUCUAAUUUGCUUUCACUGUUUAUGCAGUUUUAAAUUUUGCACAUUUUUUAUGGACCAAAAAUGGGCUAGUCCUUUUGUUUCUAGUCUCUUUUCCUGGUUCUCAUGUAUCAGCACUGUGCUGCAAUAUCUGCAAAACAGGUGAAUGUUUAAAUUUAAGUGUUGAGGACAAAUAUGGGGAUAGUGAUGGUAUGCUCCUUCAAACCAUCUUUUUUUCCCCCAGCCAACAGAGGUGUCCUUCUCAUUUGACUAGUGAUCUAAACAAAAAUUGUUUCAAUUAAAACCUUUAAAACAAUCAUGAAAACAUCCCUUUAAUAUUAAACAUAUUAAUGUGAAACAUCUGUUUCUACAAAACCUACAUUUUUUUGGCUUAAGCAACCUUACUGUCCUGUUUAAAUUAGGUUGCAUUCCCUUAGUUGUACUAUGCUAGUCUGUUUAGCGUAAGAGUAUCUUGAAUACCUGAUCUAGUAUUAUGCUAGUAGGGAUAAAGAAAUACUAUUGUGCUUAUAAUGGCUAAAUUUAAUGUUUAAUUUUGAACAGGUAGCUGAAAUAUGACUUAGGUAUAUGAACAUUGUUAUUUUUUGAUAAACUGGUGUGCAAUUUUUCAUUCUUUGUCAUUGUUUAUUUAUUUUCUCAGUGUUUUGUCCAGAUACUUCUGUAGUUGAAUUUAUUAUAGAUGACUGGUAAAAUAUGUCUAUAUUGAAAAUUAAAAAUUUAUACUGUACAUUUAAAUUUUGAGGAACAGCGGGUAAAUGGAAGUAAGUUUACUUGUUAAAGUACAUAGAUGUAUUUUUUUGUAAAAAGCACAUUCUGGUUUUCUGUCAGAUCAAAACUUUUAACUGGUCAAUAAAAAAAUAAUUUUGUUUUAAAUAAGAA